CACCAUCAUCCCCUCCAACUAUAUUCCAAAAUCCAUCCGAUAAGAGUAAACAAUUAAAAAGAAAAGAACCCAACAAACUAAUUAGUAGUAGCACUGAUAAAAUGGCGGUAUUCUGAUAAUCCGGCGAAUCACCUAAUCAAACCCGCUUCUUCUUCCCCACAUCCGCUCCCCGGAACCACACCAUGACCAGUUUGGCUGCUCCGUCGCGCAAGGCUUUAAGCAGGAUCGCUUGUAGCAGACUGCAGAAGGAGCUGGCCGAGUGGCAGCGCAAUCCGCCGGCGGGGUUCAAGCACAGGGUCACUGAUAACCUCCAGAGAUGGGUGAUCGAGGUCAAUGGAGCUCCGGGGACUCUGUAUGCGAACGAGAUGUAUCAGCUUCAAGUUGAUUUCCCUGAGCACUACCCCAUGGAAGCUCCUCAGGCGAGUUUUAUGAUUAUUUCCGCGCUGCAGUCUAAAUUGUUGGUCAAUCUGCGGGUGAUUUUCAUCCCACCGGCUCCUAUGCAUCCUCACAUCUACAGCAAUGGCCAUAUUUGUUUAGAUAUCCUGUAUGAUUCAUGGUCUCCAGCAAUGACUGUUAGUUCCAUCUGUAUCAGCAUUCUCUCCAUGCUAUCUAGUGCAACUGCAAAGCAACGCCCUGCUGACAACGACCGUUACGUGAAGAACUGCAAGAGUGGGAGAUCUCCUAAGGAGACUCGAUGGUGGUUCCACGACGACAAAGUCUAGCUUGUUUGACAAACUAAAUGAGAUCUAACAAUUACUUGCAUUACCACCUGUGUAUACUGAAAGAAACAGAGGUUUGAUGAACUUAUGUGGUAGCUUGUGAUUGAUGGAAACAGGUUCAGAAGUUGGUUUUGCUUUCUACUAGUCAUAGAGCAACCUGUUUCUUUAUUUACUUUUUUUUACUGAGCUCUCCUUUCAGUUGUUGUCAAGCAACUGUAAAAAAGGAUGAGAAUUACGUACUAAUGAACCUUCCGUCAGUAAGCAUUCUUUGACAUGCAAGAACGGUCGCUAUACACCGUCGACCGUCUCCACGAUACAGGUGCGCCUUCCGUUGCAUGCAGACAUUGAGCAUAGUCAAAUGGCCAGAUAACAAGAAAAAUCUUCCUCGUAGAA